AUUUUGCCCUCCAAAGAAAUGGGUCAUUACUCAGUGGCCCACAUUUGCCAGAGCUUGAGCCGCCUAGCAACUCUCCGGCGUAAUUCGCCGGUCACGAUUUUUGGUAACCGGCGAAAGACAGGUGAGCAGUUCGUGGAGGGAGUGUUGGGCCUGGCCCGUGGGCUUGUCGAUUUAGGCCUCAAGCCCGGAGACGUCGUCGCCAUCUCUGCUCUCAACAGUGAUUUGUAUAUGGAGUGGUUGCUGGCUGUUGCAUCUGUUGGAGGAAUAGCUGCUCCACUCAAUUUCCGAUGGAGCUUGGAAGAGGCAACAUUGGCAAUGGAAUUAGUGAGACCAAUAUUGUUGGUGACUGACAAGAGUACUAGUUACUGGCAUUCAAAGUUCCAGACUGAUUCUCUACUUUUUCUGAGGUGGCAUGUCUUAAUGGAUGGCUCUACAGCAUUCAGUAGCUCAUCAAACAUAUUAACUACUGAAUCGCUUAAGAAGCCUUCUGAAAGAUCUUUAUCAGUCAAUUACAUUUGGGGUCCUGAGGGUGCCACUUUAAUAUGCUUCACCUCAGGAACCACUGGAAGGCCUAAGGGAGUUGUCAUAAGCCAUUCUGCUUUAAUUGUACAAUCCCUAGCAAAAAUUGCAAUUGUUGGUUACAGUGAGGAUGAUGUUUAUUUGCAUACAGCUCCAUUGUGCCACAUUGGUGGAAUUUCAUCAGCAAUGGCUGUGCUAAUGGUAGGAGGUUGCCAUAUCUUGAUGCCAAAAUUUGAGGCUAAAUCAGCACUUGAAGCCAUAGAGCAACACCAUGUGACUUCUCUGAUCACUGUCCCUACAAUAAUGGCUGAUUUAAUCUCACUAAUUAGGACCAAGGAAACAUGGAACGGAUUAGAAACAGUGAAAAAGAUUUUGAAUGGAGGUGGAGGUCUCUCAGUCGAGCUUAUCAAAGCUGCCACUGAAGUUUUCCCGAGAGCCAAACUUCUUUCAGCUUAUGGCAUGACAGAGGCAUGUUCUUCUCUAACUUUCAAGACCCUCUACGACCCAACAAGCAAUAACUCUGGCCAAUCCUUUCAACUUAAUAGUGAUAAGAGAUCCAGUAUAGUUAAUCAACCAGCGUGUGUGUGUGUUGGAAAACCUGCACCACAUAUUGAAUUAAAGGUGGUUGUCGAGGAUUCUUCUCAUGUUGGGAGGAUAUUAACGAGGGGCCCCCAUGUGAUGCUCGGGUAUUGGGGUCAAAUUUCAACCAGAGCUUCCAAUCCUAGUGAUGCAGGUUGGCUUGAUACAGGUGAUAUAGGGCAGAUAGAUGAUAAUGGUAAUGUAUUGCUCUUUGGACGUACUAAAGGUCGAAUCAAGAGUGGUGGUGAGAAUGUUUACCCUGAAGAGGUAGAGGCUGUCCUGUCUCAACAUCCAGGUGUUUCUGGCAUUGUUGUUGUUGGACUUCCAGACCCUCGUUUGACAGAGAUGGUAGUUGCUUGUAUUCAAUUAAAAGACAAUUGGCAGUGGGCUGAUUUGAGUUCUGAUCACCCAGCUGAAAACAAAGACCUAAGCUUGUCAAGUGAGAUCCUCCAGAACUUUUGUAGAGAAAAGAAUUUGACUGGGUUCAAAAUACCCAAAAGUUUUAUCUUAUGGAGGUACCCAUUUCCAUUCACAUCAACUGGAAAAUUGAGAAGAGACCAGAUUAGAAGAGAAGUUACGUCUCAUGUGCAGUUCUUGCCCAGCAGGCUAUAA